AUGACAGAGGAUGAAGCAGCCACACAAGCUGCACUGCUUGAGUCGUACGCGAUCCCUCGAACUUCUCGAGCUGGAAGUCGACAUCGGAUGCCAGUACCAUUUUGGCUUUCCCGAUGGGCUCUGCCAUUUAGAUUUUCUCGAUGGGCUCUACCAUUUAGGUUUUCCCCAUGGGCUCGCUUGAGAGUCACACCCAGAAGAAGAGGAGCGUUUCGAGCCCCUCCUGCAGCCUCUGCUCCCUCACCUCCUCCCUCACCUCCUCCUGAAAUACCAGAUGAAUUUGACCCAGAUUCAGUUCUGUUUGAAGAGCCUACAGGCUAUCAAGGGUUCCACAAUCCAACUCAAUCUCCACCACAAUUUGGAGGCCCUUUUGAAGGAGCAGGGCAACCUAACUAUCAAGGGUUCCAUGGAACUCCGCCACAAUUUCGAGACCCUUUUGAAGGAGCAGGGCCACUUCACCAUGCAGAUUACUUUGGAGGCUAUUCACCAGCACCCAGUCAGGGCCAUCAUCCAUCUUCCUUAGCCGAACUCUACAACGGAACUUUUGAUGAAGAAGAAGCAUUGGCAUUCGCAAGGGAGUUGUCGUUGGAAGCGGGUUCCCAGCCUGGUGGCUAUUCCGCUUGGAACCCAAUCAGUUGGGUGGCUCACCGGCUUUCCUUGUGGAUAGAUUGGUUGUUCGGAUCGUCAGAUGAUGAGAUGUCAGAUUCCGAGGCAAGAGAGCUAGCCCAGCGCGGCGAUCAAAGAGAGAUAAACCAGUCCGGAUGUCCAAGAGGAUCAGCCCAGUGCGGAUAUCAAGGAGGAAUCAGCCAGUACGAAUCUCAAAGAGGAAUGACCCAGUAUCAACCAGCUGGUCACGUGGGUGCGAUUCGGAUUAAAAGUACAUUGCUCUCAAAGGCUCCGGUGCCGUUGAUUAAGCUCAUCUCGUCGCCUCAACUCUUAAGCCAGUUCCCUACCCAGUUAUUGGUCAAAGUUCCAUGCAUUGAGCAAAAUUAUAAACUUUGA